AUGCCACCCGCCCCUAAGGCUGUUAGGACUGCUGGUGGAUCUCAUAAAGCCAGUUGGAGCAAAAAGGUGUUGCUCUCUGAAGAUCCUGGAGCUGCUGCCCUAGACAGCAAUGACCCCAACUAUGAUGAGAUUUUGGACGGGGAAUACAAUCUAGACGUGUAUGAGUGUGGUACCACCUUUAGAAGUGUGAGGCAGAGGGCACCGAGCUAUGCUACUGGGCAUGAUAGCAUAGAGGGAGCUAAGCUGUCCAUGGCUGAAUUCCAGAAAAAGCUAUCGGGUAUACUUCAUGAUUAUUUCGCCACUAAAGACGCUACGGCUGCCGUUGACGAGAUUAAGGACCUAGACUGUUCAAUGUAUCACGAUGAGUUAGUGUACCGUAUCGUCAAGAUAGCCUUAGAUCAUGAGGAGUCCUUCCAAGCGUUGGCAUCGUCCUUGCUUACCCUCCUCUAUUCUGCUCAUGUUGUGACUCAGUCACAGAACCAGAGGGCCUUUGAGAAGCUCAUUGAAGUGUGGGAGGAUCUCAGCAUAGACGUCCCCAACGCUCCCGAGCAAAUCUUGAAGUUCCUCGACUGUGCUCUAUGCGAUGGUAUUGUUGCUGAUAACUUUGUCACUAGGCUGCCGGAAAACCUCUUGAGGAAGAUACGGGAUGCGGACGCCUCAGAGUUCAUUGACGUAUAUGAGCAAUUGGACGAGUUGAAAAAGUUCAAAGAGCAUGCCAAGGCAAUCUUGGUGGAUUACUUCGCCUCUCAUGGUGGAGGAGGAGCUGAAGAGGUCCGCCAGAGUCUACUAGCAUUGGAGAAGCCUGGCAUGCAUCAUGAGUUUGUACGGUCCGCCCUACAGCUCUCUUUUGAUCGUGAUGUCCGUACAAGGGCUGAGGUCAUCCAGUUGUUGGCGGACCUUAGGGAUAAGAGAGUACUCACUGACGACGAUCUUUCACUAGGCUUUGGCAGAAUGCUAGGUUCUCUCGAGGACUUCACCCUAGACUGCCCAGGAGCCCCCGAUAUGCUAUCAGGGUUGAUCGUACAAGCAGUAGUGGAGGAGCUGUUACCUCCAGCUUUCUUAAAGAACAGUCUAAGACUGCGUACGGGUAACGAUGUUGGCAUCAACUGUAUAAGGCAUGCUAUCAGCGUCCUGGAUAGUGAAAGAGUGUGGCGACAACGCCAUGACCAACAUGGAAGGUUCAACUUGGCCGGCAGUCCAUCUAAUAAGGACAAGGUAGAAUUCUCGGCGUUGGAGGAGGGUGGGAUGAAGGAGUGGAAACAGGAGUUGAGGAAUGCUAUCGUGGAGUACUUCUGCAGCGCUGACGGUGAUGAGUUUUGUAGAUUGGCAGCAGAGUGGGACGUAUCGUCGGAGCAAGCAGCUAUCGUGGUCAAGUAUAUUCUGAUGAUGGCUAUGGAAAGGACGGGAGACCAGUGCCUGAUGGCAGUUGAUCUACUGUGCCAUUGUGUAUUGGUUCGAGAGGAGCUUUCUAAAGAGGAUAUUGUCAAUGGGUUUAAGCUCAUCAUGGCAAACAUUGCCGAUGUUAAACUAGAUAUACCUGAUGCAGUGGAUAUGUUACGUGCAUUCCGUCGGCUCUGUAUUAAGCGUGGUAUCUUGGAACGCACAGCUACUCCUGAUGUGGAUGGUGAGGAAGAGGAGGAAGAGGAGUAG